CUCGGAUUCCUUACCCUUAAUAUGCGCAGUAGCAGAGUUGUCCCUUUCUCUGUGCCUCCAUCAGUAUACUAGGGCUUGGGUUCGUAUCGGGGUGUAAGGGGUUUGGGUCCCUGAGAGAUGUGGGAUGCUUGGAGAUUUCAUGAACCACUUUUCCCGCUGUUGUUGGAAGCCCUUUGGCGUCAAUGUUGAUGGUUCUGCUACUGUUGUUGCUGGGCGUGAAGGUAGAGAUGGCCUUCUCUGGUUCCGUGACAUUGGUCGUCAUUCCUUCGGUGAUUUCUCCAUGGCCGUCGUUCAAGCCAACCAGGUGCUUGAAGACCAGAGCCAGAUCGAGUCUGGUCCUUUUGGCACUUUUGUCGGCGUCUAUGAUGGUCACGGUGGCCACAACGCCGCUCGUUACGUCUGCGACCACCUCUUCCGCCAUUUUCAAGAGAUAUCAGCACAGGCCCAAGGUGUGACAUGUGAGACCAUUAGGAGAGCUUUUCUUCAAACAGAAGAAGGGUUCACAGCCCUUGUUUCUGAGUUAUGGGAUACUCAACCUCAGAUGGCAACAGUUGGGUCAUGCUGUCUAGUUGGAGUGAUAUCUCAGCGGACCCUCUAUGUGGCAAAUCUAGGAGAUUCCCGUGUUGUUCUUGGAAAAAGAGUUGGAAACACCGAUGGUGUUGCUGCCAUACAAUUAUCAACUGAACACAAUGCUAACCUGGAGAGCGUGAGACAGGAACUCAAAGAAUUGCACCCAGAUGACCCUCAAAUAGUUGUCCACAAACAUGGAGUUUGGAGAGUAAAAGGCAUUAUUCAGGUUUCUAGAUCUAUGGGUGACGUAUAUAUGAAACAUGCCCAGUAUAACAGGGAACCAAUCAAUGGGAAAUUCAGGCUUUCUGAACCAAUGAACAUGCCCAUUGUGACUGCCAAUCCAUCUAUUAUCACUCAUAAUCUUCAACCGGAUGAUUCUUUCCUUAUAUUUGCUUCUGAUGGUCUAUGGGAACACUUGAGCAAUGAAAAAGCUGUGGAUAUUGUCCACAAUCACCCAUGUGAAGGAAGUGCUAAAAGGCUCAUCAAAGCUGCUCUUCAAGAAGCAGCUAGGAAACGAGAGAUGCGUUACACAGAUCUGACGAGGAUCGAUAAGAAGGUUCGACGCCAUUUCCAUGAUGAUAUAACUGUGAUUGUUUUAUUCCUAAAUCACGACCUUAUUGCCCGAGGAAUGGCACAAGGUCCUCCAAUAUCUGUUCGAAGUGCUUUGGAACACUGAUGAUCAUUCGACACUUCCUUCUGAUUUUGGUCA